AUGGUUGAUCUACAUACAAAAAAAAGUCAUGAAUCAAAAAAGAAUAUUAGGUCAAGAGGAAUUAUUGAUGAUAUACCUAUAGAUUUAAAUCAGAAUUCAUUAACACAAGAUACAUCAAUAGAUCUUCCAGACGUUAUUAACACAUUAAGUGAUAAUGAUCAAGAAAUCGAACUAGUUCAUUAUGAAGAAAAUUAUUCAUUUCUUCUUAAGAAACAAUCAAAAAACAAUUUGAAAAGAGUUAGUAAUAAUAUCUUUAAUCCUGUAGUUGUUAUUGAACAGGAUACUUCAGAUGACAAUAAUGAUAAUAAAAGUGAAAGUAGCGAAGUUAAUAGUGAAGAAUAUCAGGAUGAUAAUAAUAUCAAAGAAAUAUCAUCCAGUAGGUUCGAUGCGUCAGAAAAUGUAUACGGUAAUGACAAUGCUCCAGAAUUUUCAUCAUACAUCCAAGACCAUACACAUUUAUCAGCUUGCUUACCAUUAAUAACACCUAAAGUAGCUACCAGUAGUCUCGCAAUUCAAGAUGAAUUUAAUGGAAUGGACUACCUAGAAUUCUUAUCAAUGUCUAAAAUUGUGGAAGAAAGAGCAGAAACAGGUUCAGAGUCCUUUCUGGGCAAUUUUCUUAAUUCAAAAAAUAUAGACACGAACCUUAUGAAGAAAAUAUUAGAUUUAUUAGUUAAAUAUUAUCGUAAUACUUAUAAUGAAGAUUUUGUGGCUUUAUUUGACAUUUAUAUUGCGCAAUCUAAUGCUAUCCCAAUAUUUCUGAAGUCAGUCUUUUAUAAGAUAAAAGCCAUGGGCUUAUCGGGAUUCUGA